AUGUCGCUUACUCAUCUGCUGCCCGCUCCUCUGUGGGAGCGCCUGGAGCUCCAGUAUCUUUUGGUGUUCAUCGCCGUCUUCCUCUUGGUCACCGAUUAUGUCAGGAACAGAUCUCCGAAGAACUUUCCACCGAGUCCACCGGGACUGCCCUUCGUUGGGAAUGUCUUUCACUUGGACCCUAAGCAGCCGCAUAUUAACAUGAAAAAGCUUGCUCAAAAGUAUGGCAACAUCUUCAGCCUGCGCUUGGGAAGAUCUCGCGUUGUGGUUGUCAACGGCUAUAAGAUGGCCAAGGAGGCGUUGGUCAAUCAACCAGAUGCUGUGCCAAGCCGACCCUCAGACCCCAUGUUUGAAAGGAUCAACAAGUUAUACGGUGUGGUGCUUAGCAGCGGGUACCCCUGGAAACAACAACGGAGAUUCAUGCUGACAACUCUGCGAAACUUUGGUGUUGGCAAGAAGAGCCUGGAGUCCACCAUCAUCGAGGAGCUUGGGUAUUUUCACCAGGCCAUUCAAGAAGAGCAGAGUAGACCUUUCGAGCCUCACUACCUCAUUAACAAUGCCGUCGCCAACAUCAUCUGCUCAAUCGUUUUUGGCCGCCGCUUCGAGUACAGUGACCAAAGGUUCCAGGAGCUGCUGCAUCUCAUCUUUGAGGCUGUGUUUCUGGAAGGGACCAUUUGGGCUCAGCUGUACAAUGCCUUCCCCACGAUAAUGAAGGUCCUACCAGGGCGCCACCAUGUCUUGUUUUCAGACUACGACAAGGUUGUCGAGUUUUUGAGGUCAGAGAUUGAAGAGCACAAGAAGGACUGGGACCCCGCAGCACCGCGCGACUUCAUCGACUGCUACUUGGAGGAAAUCGAGAGGCGUAAAAAGGAUGUAGAGGCAAAAUUCCAUGAGGAAAACCUGAGUUAUACCCUUCUGGACCUCUUUGUGGCGGGAACGGAGACGACGUCCACGACUCUACGCUGGGCACUGAUGUACAUGAUGAAAUAUCGAGAUGUUCAGGAAAAAGUCCAAAAGGAGAUUGAUGCCGUACUCGGUAGAGACCAGCCUCCGUCAAUGCAGGACCGGAACAACCUGCCCUACACUGACGCCGUGAUUCAUGAGAUCCAGAGAAUGGCUGACAUUAUCCCAAUCAACAUGGCCCGCAAAGCUGACGAGGAGUUCUCCUUGGGUGGAUGCAUCAUUCCAAAGCACACCACAGUGCUUGUGAACCUGAACUCGGUGCUCUUCGACGAGGAGGAGUGGGACGACCCGUACACGUUUAAACCCGAGCGCUUCCUUGAUGCCAAUGGAAAGUUCGAGAAAAAUGACGCCUUCUUUGUUUUCUCAGCUGGUAAGCGUUCCUGCGUUGGGGAGCGAUUGGCCCGCAUGGAGCUCUUUCUCUUCUUCACGUCUCUUCUUCAGAAGUUCACCUUCCAGUCCCCUGAAGGAGUUGAGCCAACCCUUGAUUUCCAGCAGGGCCUCACCCGGGUGCCUGCGCCAUACAAAGUCUGUGCUAUCCCGCGCUAAAGUGUGCCCCUCUGC